AUGUCUCUACCCCUAGAACUCGUCCGAAUAAUCAUCGACCUCCUGCUCUUCUCCGCCCCACCACGCUCCUUGACUCCAGAAAAGCCUGGCUGUUCAACUAAACCCAGAUGGAGCACGAUCAAUGCGCUCAGCCUCACCUCACAAAGCUACCGCGCCCUAGUGCUCGAAGCGUGGUUUCAGAGUCUCUACAUCGAUUUUCCAGGGGAUCUAAACUUUCUACGAGACAGGUUUCCUGAGCUUGGGAGUAAAUGGACCAAACACCUCCACUGCAUCCAAUCAUACCACAGUGACAACCUUUAUGUCUGGAAUCUCUCUUCCUUCCUCCGCGUUUCCUCCAUUAGACUGGACUGGCUCUCGCCGGCUUUCUCCUUCCCAGUUGACUGGAACACGCUACCCUUUUCACACCUCUCCCCCACGUUUGAACACUUUGACUUGCGCGGAAGGACGUUGCCUGAUCCUGGGGCGAUUGUCGGUAUUGCCAAUACCCCAGGCUUUGCGCAUUUGAAGACGUUGAAGAUGGUGCAAAGCGUGAUGUGGUGUGGGCUCUGCCGUUCCUGUUGCAAGGUUCAGUUUAAAGACAGGCCGACGGGGGUGGUGUAUGAAGGGGGGUCGGGGUUGCCUUUCCUCUACGCGCGUGUUCUGGCACCCCUUGAAUACCUUGAAGAAGUUGUGAUUGUCACACCCAACUAUGGCUUUGGGCAGACUACAUUGGGUUUAAAUGCAGACUCAGACUCAAACGCGGACACGAAUCCAGAAACGACCCCCACCUCCAAGACAAAUAUGGACGUGAAUGAUGCCUUCCGCGAGAAGUGGGUGGCCAGGAAGAGACGCGUCGGUCUGGCGUGCGGUGAUGGCGAUAACACUGAUGGCUGGAAAGAUGUGAGGCCACCGAAGUUGAGGAGGGUGGAGUACCAGUUCUCUGCAGCGGAUGACGAGGAGGAGGAGAUAUUUGAGGAUUACGAGGAAAUGUUUGAGAUUCGCGAGGACAUGGGUACGAGUGAUAGUGAUCUGGAUAAUAAUGGAUUGGCAAGGCAAUGGGAAGGGGAUGCUGCUUCUCUCUGGACUUUCGACAUCAGCUGCUGA